GCGAAGCUUUCCUCUCAGUCCACGUCGAGCGAUGGACAUCGAUGGCGGCGGCAGAGGACGAGAGGCGGCGGCGUGGUGGAUGGAUAUCGCCCACAGGCGCCUCCGGGAGCGGGACCUCGUGGGGAGCAAGCGGUUCGCGGAGCGUGCGGUGGAGGUGGACCCCCUCAUUGGCGGCGCUGACCAGAUCAUCGCUGUAGCCGACGUCCUCCUCGCCUCCCAGCGCCGCGUCAACAACCACGUCGACUGGUACGCCGUCCUCCAGCUCGACCCGUCCUCCCCCGCCGGCCGUCACCCCUCCGCUGUCCGCAGCCAGUACCGGCGCCUCGCGCUCCUUCUCAGCCUCGUCCGCCACCAUCUCGACAUCGCCUUAUCCGCCGCCAAGCUCGUUGACGAUGCCUGGGCCGUCCUUUCGGACCCCUCCAAGAAGGCCCUUUUCGACGCCGAGCUCGACAUGGCUACUGCUGCCCUGCCGCGCCAGCGCCCCGUCCCUACGUUCUGGACCGCGUGUCCCUCCUGCUGCUACCUUCACAAGUAUAGCUGCGAUUACGAGGGCAAGAACCUCCGAUGUCCCAGCUGCCGGCGGGCCUUCCACGCCGCUCCUUUGCAAGCGGAACCACCUGUGGUCCCGGAUACUGACAUGUACUAUUGCUCAUGGGGCUUCUUUCCACUGGGGUUCUCCGAUGGGGCUGCAGCUGGCGCGCCAGGACUCGACGCCCAAUCGAAGCCCUUCUAUCCGAUGAGUCCAUGCCACCAACCUCAUCCCUCCAAGCAAACAGCGGCAGUGGUGGAUGCCAUAACUCCGCCGGUGGGAGGGACAACAGCUCUAAAGGUGACACCUUUACGUUCCAUGAAGAGAGCUGUGGCGAAGAAGAAGGUUGGGGGCGGCUUGAGGAAGAGGGUUUUGGUAUCAGAGUCCCAGACGAGGACUUCUGAGGGGACUAAGGUGAGCUCAGUGAUGGAUAUGAAUGCUGAGGCCGGGAGUUCGAUUAGUCUAGGAAGUAGUUUCUGAUAUUAGAGGAGGGGAUGGACUGUCGAUCGAGCUUCCUCUUCGCAAAGUGUUAAUGAAAGGUUCGAAAUCUGAAACAGUUUUUGGAAGGCCAAAAUAGAUUUUGCAGGAUUUCUUUUUUUUUGCAAAGGGUAAACUGCAAAGUCGGAAUUUGAGCCCAAGAUCUUACGUAAACUAUCAAGAUCUUUACCAGCUAGUCCAGCUGACACUUUCAAAGAUCUUGCAGGAUUGUAUUCACAGAGUGUUCUAUAUUGUUUGUUUGACAAUGUAGGGAAGUUUGAUCUUAGUUUGCAGAUGGAAUGGAUAGGUUGGGAAAAUUCUUGUAACAGGUAAAACUUU